CAAUAUAAUUUUCAGAUAAUAAUUCAAUUUUCAAAAACCCUAAAAUUCCCCCAAAUCCUCUCUACCCAAUGGCGUCGGAAAAGCCUGAAGAUCCGAUGAACAACACGGCCGGCGGAAUCGGAACAGACGAGGAAUCUAUAGCACAGCGCCGGAAACGACUAAGGCGAGUGAGCUUCGCCGACCGUGAAAUCACUUCCGUCCACAUUUUCAAACGGGACGAAGAUUACGAGACGCCGCCGAACACCUCCGCCGCGAAGGGUGAACAAGCUGAAACGUCAGAGUCUGAGGAUAAAGUAAUUAAGUUUUUCGGCGAUUUAUCUGACCGCGAAGACACUGAAGGAGAUGGAGAUGGUGAUGGUGAAGAUGAGCCAAUCUUGAAUAAAUCCUUCUUGAGGCCAAAAUAUUCGCCAUCUUCAGGUGGUAGCACUGUUGGCUCUGCUACUAGUGAUGACGAGGACAGUUUCUUCGGCCCUGUGUCUUCCCAUUUUAUCAAUCCUGGAAGACUGUCUGACGCUACUAUCUCUGAAGACCACCAUGAAAUGACAAUGGACUCUACAGCAUUUUCUAUGCAUUUCCGGAGUCUUGCGAGGUCAGAGUCUGGAGAUGUGAGGACUCCUAUGAGUAAUCUUCCAGUAGAAGAGAAAACACCAACUGAGGUUACCUCCAGAUCUGAUACAGGAAGUGCAAUGGUGUUGUUGACGAAACCUAAGAAGCUAUUUCCAAAGUCCCCUCUACCUGUUGAGAAGGGGAGUGGUGGUAGAGACUCAAAUGAUAUGAGUAUCGUUGGUGAAAAUUCUCGCAAAUAUGAUUAUGGUUAUAUAUCUCCUACAUUAGCAGCUCUACUGGCAGAUGAAAGCAAGGAAUUGCUUCCUGAAGACAAUACUGUGGAAGCAAGAUCCCCCAUCCAUGAUUUUUCCUUGUCCCCUCAGAAUGGAUGCAUUCCCGUCGUUCAAGCUAAUAAAGACUCACAUGGUAUAGAUAGUAGUGAUGCUUGUCAAAUCCUGUCACCUUCUGGUUCUUGCUCUCGCCCUCAGAUAGUGCUGCAGGAAUCAGGAAGCCAACAUUACACAGAGGAUGCUUCACUUUCCUCGUCAACUAUUAGAAGGCAAAGUGCGUUUUCAGUUGGUUUAUUACCCCAGUCCGUAUCUUGUGUUACUCCUUCCCCUAAACAUGGUGGAAGCUUUAUGAGCAGGGAAACUCGGGCACUAGUUGAGAGCUUGUCAACCAUUCAGAAAAGCAAAUCCAGACUUGGAUUGAUUCCACCUUCCCCUGGUUCUGCUCUUAUUCAGAGAAUUGAGAUAUCAAAGCUUCAAUUAUCUGGAAACCGUUCUAUGACUACACCAUCAACUAUUGGCAGGGAAGUAGAUGUCCACAUGGAAAUUCAUGCAGAUAUACCCAUUACCAAUUUGGAGGAUUUGUUAUCCGAACAUGAUAAUAGAACACCAAUUUCUGAGAAGAAAGGCAUGCCAGAUAAAUGCAGUAGUGGUGCAUUGAGCCCUGUUGUCGACACUGGCGAUGAUAGUAGAACACCAGUUUCAGGAAAGAAGGGCAUGCCAGAUAAAUGCAGUAGUGGUGCAUUGAGCCCUGCUAUUGACACUAGGGGUGAUAAUAGAACACCAGUUUCAGAAAAAAUAGACAUGCCAGAUCAAUGCAGUAAUGCUGCAUUUAGCCCUGAUGUUGACACUAGCGAUGAUAGAACUCAAGUUUCUGAAAAGAAAGGUGUACCAGAUCAAAACAGUUGUGGUGCGUUGAGCCCUGCUGCUGACAUUAGUAAUGUGUUUGCACGCAGAAGUCCAGAAGGAAAUACUACUUCUGAUACAGAAGGUUCACUCUUUAAACAACAGCAAAGAAAUCAGACAGCCAGCACCCCUGAGAAGUUUGUGUCAUCAAAUGCAACGACGUCAGCAUCAAAGAAUUUUGUUAUUCUUCAAGAUCAAGAGCAGCACAGUAAAGCCACCGAAAAAUCUGAGAUUGGGGAUGGAAAUGUGACCAAGGAAUGCGCUAGUAAUAAUUCUUUGAAUACCUUAUCCGACAAAGUUCAAUCAUUGCUUCAAGAAUCUGGCGUAUUACUUAGUGACACAGGCUUCUUGAAUGGCUCUGCUAAACGAAAAGAGAAGGACAGUAUGCUGCAUAAAAAUCAAAACAGAACCGACAUCAGUGCUGCCGAGUUCCUUCUGAAGGAUAAUAAUCAUUUGAAAGUCCAUUGUGAAACAGAAGUUAUCUCAGCUGAAGAUGUUCCUUCUGUAGUUACAGAAACCCUUCCUAGCACCUCUGGCUCGUCAUCUAUGGACAGAAGCAAUAAUGAGGCUUUACAUGCUAAGGGAUCAUCCAGAUUGUCAAGGAAAGCAGAAGAUGUUGAUUGUGCAGUUAGAAAUUGUAGCCCCAAAGUCGGGAGAAGUACACAGUAUAUUUCAAAUUCAGUGAUGAACCACCGUGAUGGAAAGUUCAAUGCUCAUGAUUGCCGCAGAGUUCGUAGACAAGUAGUGAACUGGGUAGAAAUUCCAGGAAAAGUAUCAGAAGAAAUCAAACAAAUGGUUGAUCCAUUGGCUAAUAAGCUGAACCCAAGACUGAUAUGUAAGGUGGAAGAUAUAUUAACACACAUGAAGAAGGUUCAUUUGUGUGAGAUGCUUUGUCUUCAAAUUCAGUCUCAGAAAGUAUGUGACGACUUGAGUGGUGCUAAGACAAAGAGACAUGCUGAGAGUAGAUCAUUACUCUGCAAGUUAGCAUACGAAAAAGCCAAACUUGAGUUGCUGCACCUCAAGGAAGAAAUAAUGACGAAAAAGUUUCAAGCAGUGACCACCGGUGUACAAACAUCCGAAACAUUGAGGUUGAAUUGUGCCAACUUUCUACGUCAACAUGGUUUCCGUUCUACUGGCUUGUUAGAUCCUAACCAAGCUGAUGAGGUUAUGAUUACUAGUAAAUGGGCAGAGAUAACACAGGAGAUCAUAGAAUUGGACUCAAAAAUCAAGAAGUUGAUUCAAUGCUUUACUACGUUCGACACAAUGACAGGAGAACCGGCAUAUGCAGACACUAUUAAAAUUGCUGAAGAUACUUUAAAAAAGAGAAUGAGUUGCAGAUCCAUACGUCAGGAUAUUCUGGUCUGGAAAGUUGACAGUUUGGGUGAAUGGAAUGAUUGUCAAAGCAUUGUUCUAAACUAUAGUGGCCUUUUAAACCAAAGGCUCACAUUAAAGCCUGGCCAUCCUUCAUAUGUACUAGUUUCAAACAGUUUGAGUGAUACAUUUGUUAAGCAUUUCCCAGGGCUGAAUGUUUCAACUGCAUUUAACUCGUUGUUUAAUGCUGAAGACUCCCAAAAGUAUAUUGGUUGUUCCAAUAUAUUGUUGGAGAUUACACAGAAAACCAGUUUGCUCCUACACAAUCUGCUUAACGUGGCUGAGGAAUUUCAUUUAGCUCAAAUGAAUAUACCAAAUUUGAUCCAAGGAAACUUUGAUUCUCCAUCAGCGGAGCAGCUUCAUUUGCAGAUUAGCUUUCUUGAUUGCACAAACUUGAGAAAACUAAAUGUGAUUCUCGAUGUGGCAUGUUUGAUUCAUGGGAAGUAUCCUGGUGAUGUAGUUCCUUGCGAAUUACUAGAAGUUACAGGCCCAAAAAGAGACGGUGUUGUGUCGAAGCAACUGAAGAACGAAAUAGAAUCUGCAGUGGAUGUUGUUGGAUUGGGAUAUCCUCGGAUAUUGAGACUCUGUCGUUGCAUUUCCGAAGUGUUGCAAUCACAAAAGAGAUGAUGUCUCCUUUCAUAACACUUCACAGUUUGCUGGUUUGGGUUUUGUAAAUAUGGCACACCAAGGGCUACUACUUCUUGUACUACUAGUAGUCUAGUACCUUUGCCCUUUAAUCUUGUAACCAGAAGAUUAACUUUGUUACAGUUUAGUCUUGGGUUUGUAUAUGUAACGUCAAGUAGUCUUCCACGUCUUAGGUCUUAGGGUAAAAGAUUACCUAUUAAUAUUUUGGUCGCGUACAAACUAAACUCUGAAUGUCUGUUUGUUUGUUUGCGAAGUUUUAUCAAAAGUAUUGGCUA